AUGAUAGGAAUUUGGUGGUUAUCGAUUCUUGUUUUGAUAUCCGGUUACAGUGGGGCGUUAAUGUCUUUUAUGACAUGUCCUUUAACUGAGUCUGUUCCAAGAGAUUUUCAGGAACUUGCUGUUUUUGUCCGCAACGGAGAGUUCUCAUGCGGAACAUACAAAGGAUUUUUUGUGUGGAAAGACAUCAUGGAAUCGAAGUCAGAAAAUAUUAAAAUUAUAAGUGAAAACAUUCUCUCGAAUAAUAACUUCAUGUCUACAACAGAAGGCAUUAAAAAAGCGCAGAAUGAACGAUUUGCAUACAUAAUGACUAAACUUGUGUUAAAUCUGUACAUCAGUAAAGUAGAAAGGCAUAAAUAUGUGAUGUCAAAAGAUUUUUUUCGUUCAUAUAUGAUCGCUUUUGCAAUCAGAAAGAAUUUUCCAUUUAAGAAGGAGUUAUCUAACACAAUAACUCACAUGUUUGAAGCUGGAAUAUUUGAGAUAUUGUAUCCUCAGAAAGUUGAAGAAUUCCAAAAAGCAUCAGAAUUCCAACCGUUGUCAAUAGAAGAUAUUAAAAGUCCUUUGUUACUUAUGGGCAUUGGAUAUCUAGUGUCUUUAAUCUGCUUAAUCAUUGAAAUAAUAUUAACUAAAGUAGCAGAUGUAUCCUUUGUACCUGCAGCUGUCAACCUCGAACGCUUCUCUGCAAUGGAGUUUACGCCAGUUUUCGGUUUUUAUCCUGUAGGUUUCCUUAUUAAAGCACCGAAUAAAAAUUUUGACUGGAAUUCUGUUACAAAGCCUUUUACCUUAAAUGUAUGGAUCGCUAUAUUUUCUAUUGUAUUCAUAUUUGGAAUAACGCUAUAUAAAGUGCUUGAAAAGGACUUUAUCGCUGCAAAAGCAGGAAAACGAUGGACUUUAUGUACAGUUUUUUGGAAUUUACUUUGUACAUUUUUGAGUCAAGAAUUAAAUCUAAAUAAAGUAAAAAGAUUUGCGUCCAGAUUAAUGAUAGAAAUUUGGUGGUUAUCGAUUCUUGUUUUGGUAUCCGGUUACAGCGGGGCGUUAAUGUCUUUUAUGACGUGUCCUUUAACUGAGACUGUUCCAAGAGAUUUUCAGGAACUUGCUGUAUUUGUCCGCAACGGUGUGUACUCGUGCGGAACAUACAAUGGAUUUAUUACUUGGCAAGACAUAAUGGAAUCGAAAUCAGAAAAUACUAAAGUUUUAAGAGAAAACAUUUUGUCAAAUAAUAACUUUAUGGUUACGGCAGAUGGCAUUAAAAAAGCGCGGAAUGAACGAUUUGCAUACAUAAUGACGAAACAUGGGCUAAAUACGUAUAUCAGUACAGAAGAUAGGCAUAAAUACGUGAUGUCCAAAGAUUCUUUUCGUACAUAUAUGAGCGCUUAUUCAACCAGAAAGAAUUUUUCAUUUAAGAAGGACUUAUCUAACACAAUAACUCGCAUGUUCGAAGCUGGAAUUACUGAGAAAUUAUAUCCUCAAGAAGUUGAAGAAUUCCAAGAAGCAUCAGAAUUCCAACCGUUGUCAAUCGAAGAUAUUAAAAGUCCUUUGUUAGUUAUGGGCAUUGGAUAUUUUGUGUCUUUAAUCUGCUUAAUCAUUGAAAUAAUAUUAACUAAAGUGGUUAAAAUUGUUACCCGUAAUCGACUUUAUUAA